UUCCGCGGCGGGUGGGCGGGGGAACGAGCGCGUCUGGGCCGCUGCCGUGCCGCCAUGGACUCGCGCAAGCUGAGUGAGCUGCGGGCCUUCGUCCGGCUGUGCAAGCAGAACCCUGGCCUGCUGCACACCCCGGAGCUCGCCUUCCUCCGCGAGUGGGUGGAGAGUAUGGGAGGCACAAUACCACCUGCUCCAGCCAAUGCUUCCACAGAGGAGACAAGUAAGGGCAAAGCAGAGGAACACCCAGAGGAGCCCGUUAAACCACCUGAACCAGAAAGUGAAGAGAGCGACUUAGAAAUUGAUAAUGAAGGAGUGAUUGAACCAGACAACGAUGACCCUCAAGAAAUGGGAGAUGAAAAUGUGGAGGUAACAGAAGAGAUGGUGGAUCAAGCUAAUGAAAAGAAGAUGGAAGCAAUAAAUGCUCUCAGUGAAGGGGACCUUCAGAAGGCUGUUGACUUGUUCACAGAUGCUAUCAAGCUGAAUCCUUGUUUGGCCAUCUUGUAUGCCAAGAGGGCAAGUGUUUUUGUGAAACUACAGAAGCCAAAUGCUGCCAUUAGAGAUUGUGACAGAGCCAUCAAGAUUAAUCCUGACUCGGCACAGACCUAUAAAUGGAGGGGGAAAGCACAUAGACUUCUUGGUCACUGGGAGGAGGCUGCUCAUGAUCUUGCAUUAGCUUGUAAACUGGAUUAUGAUGAAGAUGCAAGUGCCAUGCUGAAGGAGGUGCAGCCAAGAGCUCAGAAAAUUGCAGAACAUCGACGGAAGUAUGAGCGGAAGCGUGAAGAAAAGGAAAUCAGGGAAAGAAUGGAAAGAGUGAAGAAGGCACGGGAGGAGCAUGAGAAAGCACAAAGGGAGGAAGAAGCAAGACGACAGGCAGGAGGAGCUCAGUUUGGUGGCUUCCCAGGUGGCUUCCCAGGUGGCUUUCCUGGGGCUGCAGGCAUGCCAGGGAUGGCAGGUGUGCCCGGUCUGAACGAGAUCCUCAGUGAUCCAGAAGUUCUUGCAGCCAUGCAGGAUCCAGAAGUUAUGGUUGCAUUCCAGGAGGUUGCCCAGAAUCCAGCAAAUAUGUCCAAGUACCAGAGCAAUCCCAAGGUCAUGAAUCUCAUCAGUAAAUUGUCUGCCAAAUUUGGCAGUAAACCAUAAAAUCCCUGGUUCUUAAAAAUCAUACCUGAAUGGCAAGGAUUGGAUUUGGCUAACCAGUGUCGCAAUAAAAUAAACCAUUUUACCUCUGAUCUUCUUAAGAAGAGAAAUGGGGUGUUCUAAGGAGAAUUGCUCUCUAGCCCCAGAUAUUGACUUUAUUCAAUUAUUGGUUUCUAGAACUCAAAUUAUAUUCAGAUGACCUAGUUUUUGACCAUCCCUUCUUGUCCAACAGUUGCAGCCUUUCAUUGUAAGUGUUACAGACAGUUUUCUCUGAAUUAAUGUUCUUAUAACAAAUUGUAAUAUUCCAGGAGUAUAAGAUAAAAACAUGCUUUUUUUUUUUUUUUUUUAUUGCUCUCACUGAGCAAAUGGGAAAGAACUUUAAAAACUGAAGUCUGUCUUAAUCCCCUUAGGACAGAAAAAUAGCAAAGGUGGGACAAGUCUGAAGAGUUAACUGGAUAAAGGAAUUGUCCGCAAAUACAACUUUUUUUUUUUUAAUGGGUGAUAGACUUUUUAAAGCUAUUAUCAGUAUAAUCAGGCUAGCUAGUUACACACUGGAACUUCUGGCAGUACUGCAAAUACUAUAUCAUUUUGAUCACCACAACUGUGCAGCAAAGGUACAGUUCUACCCUUUGCACAACCUGGCAUGAAGUACAUAUUGCUGAGGCCACAGACGUUUUGUUACUUGUUCAGUUCUUGUCCAGCACCUUUACGUAACAUGUUAUUUAUCAGUCUGGGUAUGGGAGAGCAGCUUCCUGUCUGAGCUUGUACUCUUGUCCUUUCCCAGUUGGCAGGCCCUCUGCUGGUUGCACUCACCCUUCCUUGGGGCCAUGCUUACCAGGUUGCAUCUAUUUGGAAACUUUAGGGAAGGAAUCUUGUUCCCAUCACUACCUCUGUCCCACUGAAUGCAAGCCAUCCAGAACACGUACAUGCAGAGUUACACAUUGGUGAAGGGGAGAACACUCGACAAAAUUGCAGCUCUGGGUUCUGAAUCGGUUUGGGUUCUUACAUGCUCGCUGAUUAAAAUUUCUUGGUCAAAGUCCUGCUGUCUCUGUAGAGGUGAUGACUCUUUCUUCACCACAUUCUGUAGUCUUCCAUCUUUUCUUGUAGCCUCUUGUUUAAAAAAAAAAAUCUGUUGUUGUGGUUUCAUACCUCCAUGGUUUUGAGGCUUGUGAUACAGAGGAAAAGGUGAAGUAAUUGGAACAGACAGAACAUUCUCCUAACACAUGCAUUUAUCAGCAUGGGUAUCUUUGAUGCACUGUCUGUCCUGAUGACGUUCAGUGGAUUUGGCUACCAAUAAAGACAGUUGUUGCUUCUGUUUGUCUUGGCUAAAACAUCUUUAUGUGGGAAAAAUGACCACAGUUACCUGUUCACCCUGUGAAUUUCAAGGUUUGUGUUACUCUUUUGUAAUUCUGUAUCUUGAGCCAUAACUGAUGUUACCAUUUUUAAACAAAUGUGGUUUGAUGUAGGAACUCUACAGCAGUUGCAAAAAAGUAAAUCCCCAAAUGCUUUUUCUCCUACUAAUGACCGUGCACAAUAAAAUGUGAAUCUUUUUGCUUAAGAAAUACAGUUCUGAAUACUUCUCUUAGCCUUUAAAAAUAAAGUAUGGUUUUGAAAAACACAGCUUUUUGGGUUUGUGUAACUUUCUGAUAAAAACUAUUUUGCUUAAAUUAAGUUAAAUGUGGAAGUGCUUUAUUCAAACUGUAUGUAUAACUUGUGUUUUAAAUUGGAACAAAAUGCCUAAGGGCUCGUCUUCAUGACCGAAUGAACUCAAAUUACAAUUGUGUGUUGCUGUGUGCAUGGCUUUUGGUCAUAGUCUUGAUCUCCCAUUCCCAGGAAAAGAUAUUUGAAGUAGGUCACCCCUCAAUAUAGGCUAAAUCUUGACUUCUGUCUUCAGGCUAGUGCAUGUGUGUUGUUCACAAAUUAGAGUAUCUUGAAUAUAGAUUUAUUCCUUACAGUUUCCUGUUGUUCCAACUUGGCUGUUUGUGUCUGUCUUCCCAUGAAUAGUCAAAACUAGGAAAUUACUCCUACCUAAUAGAAAUGGUCAUAUCUGUGUCCUGCCUGCUUGCUUACACAUCAGUUACCCCUACUGAGAGUUGAUUGAUUCUAUAAAAGCAUUCUCUCUCAUUUUGAUGUUGGCUUUAGGAGUUUAGCUGAAUUCUUGUUCUUUGGGAAUACACAUCCUAUGACUCCCUUGGUGUGUGAGCUUUUUUGGUUUUAAUGUUACUCAGCAAGUAAAUUGAUGAGCUGUCUGGACUUCUUCUCAGUUCCCCGAGUUGGUGUGUGGACAUCUAAGCAGCUAAAUUGGUUUGAACAGAAGUACAAGUGCAGAAAGCUAACGGCACAAGAGAUGAGCAAAGACAGGAAGUUCCAAAUGCGGGAUGUAAGUAGCUAAAUGAGGAAGUUGUUAUUUUCGUUGGUUGCUCCUGUAUUUACUGGCAGAUCCUUCAGGUUAUUAGUUCUGUUGGAGCAUUGAGUGGGGGUGGUUGUUGUAAGUGCAGUGGCAAUAAUCACCUCUGCUGUUUCUGAAAGCUGCAAGAGCAUAUCGAUGUCAGCUGGGACAGAGUGCUGCCAGUCCUGCCCCUGGCUCAGGUGUGCCUUCCUGCCUUGUGCACAAGUCCUGCACUGAGCUAUUUGGCUGAUCCCAUGCCCGGAUUCAAUGACCCAGGCUGCCCAGGAGUGCAGUGAUGCACCUGCAGCUGGCUGGUAGCAGAGCCUUGUUCCUGUGUGAGUCCCAGGGACUUGACUGUCCUCUCUGGUUCAGCUGCUGCCCCAAGGGAAAGCAAGUGUCAGCUCGGUUGCCACAUCCAGGCUGGUCUAGUUCACAGGGAGUCCUUUUGCAUAGUAAUGUGGAAAAUGCAAAGCUUGGUGCCUUUACCAGAAGUUUUUGGAAAUUUUAUCUCCUUUCAUUGUUGGUACUUGUUGAGGUGGCUUGGUUUGUCUUUGUGGGAAGGCAGUGACUGGAUGAGUCUCAAAGUUGGAUGAAGGCAGGUGGGACAAAGCCAGGUAAAGUAGUGAUAGGCCAGAGGUGAAUGGGUCAAUGAGUAUUAAAAAGCCACAUAAAGGUAAAGCCAUAUUACAGAAAGAGCUUUUUGCAAGUACUAUAUGUAGUUUAAAAUAUCUGUCUUUAAAUGCCACCUUGUUUUUCUUGUGCGUGACUUUCAGGGCUUUUGUAUAAAGCUCAUACAAGCCAUACUCUUGCAUUUGCCUGUGUGUUCCUCUUCUGUGGAAUGGAAGAGGAAAUAAGAUUGUUACGGGAGCUCAUGGCACCUGCUGUGCCAGCAGAAUCCUUCACCCAUAUGGAUGGGACACUCUGGACAUAGCCAGGGGGAGCUGGAGCCAGGUUAGCCUUGGCAUGUACCUUCCCAUGGGUCAUGGUGUGCUGCUGACUGGAAGUGUUUGGAGCCUCUUUCAAGUCCCCCGGGGCAGGUAGGCUUGAGGGAUGCUCCUGGCAGAGGCUGGAGGGUUGUUUCCUCUUUGCUCCAGGGCAGUCUGACCUUGCAGUUACUGGUACUGACAGUGGUUGGUAACCUGGAGCUGGAGGGUGGCUCACUAGGAAAACAGUAGCAGAGGGGUGUCCUGUGAAACAUACUCAGAGCUCUGCAGAGGUGGGCCUCAACCUUGCUUCACACAAGAUGGAGUGAGGGCAGCAUUGUAAGAAAGUAAUUCUUGAUUUCCAAAGAGCUGAAGUGGAGUAAAAAAUGGUGGUGUCCAAUUGAAUGCAGACACCUCCAUGUUAAGUACCACAAGACAAAGCAUAGGAGGUCAGUAAUGAUAUAAGAAAAUGCAAAUACAGUGGAAGCAGGAACAGUUUUAAUGUGGCAAAUGAAUGAAGCAGAUCAGGUGGUUGCUGGUAGAUCUGAACUAUGGAGCAAGAAAAAAAAAAAUUAAGCAACCAGGCAACAAGUCACUGAUCACUUUGUGAAUCAAAGUUUGGGUACAUCAUACUCACUUGAUGUGACCCUCGCAAUCAGGAACUUCAUGUAAGAAACAUUUCCUUGUCCCUGCUGACUGGAGGUCCUGAGGUCCCAGAGAAUGUAAAUACCAAGGACUCUUCUGUAAAUCUGAAUCUUGGUGACUAACCAAAUCCAGAUGUUCAUUUGUAAUUUUGCUAACAAAGUGUUACUACUAUAUAUGUCUGCUUACAAGCACACUUUUGAAAGCUGUAUCCUAGAUGUAUGAUCUCAGACAAGCUUGAGAUCUUAUCAAUAAAUAAAUAAAUGUAUUUGCAGAA